GCACAGAGCAGGGACACGCAGGGCCUGGGGCAGCAGUGAGGGAACACGAAGCCCAGAGCUCAUACUCAGUCAUCAUGUGUAGAGCACAGGCCGGGCUUGACUGGAUGAGAUCUCGGUGAGUGAAGACAAGCCGGAUAUGAAUGACAGCACAUGGGUAGAUAAGUCGGGGAGCCCCAGUGAAGAAGAGAAGAUGAGGAGCCCUCGGAAUGUGCCAGGCCCCGAGGAUGAUGACUCUUCCUCAGAGAGCUGCAAUGGGAAUGUCUUUUCUGUGCUAAAUCCGUCCACCAUCCCCGCCAGCACUGUCCUAAGCCACUCUCUACCAGACAUGAAUGGGAAUACCACUGGCUCUGCACUCGAAUUCACUGCCCCAUCCGAUGAACAGCCCAUCAAUCUCAGUGAUAAGAUACGUCCUUCUCCGGGGGUCCCACCAUAUCCAUCUGAAGCUUGUACAACUGAGGCGCUACGUAACCAUGGAAAAUAUGCCCUUAAAGCCACAUCUGAGUCCCCUCCUUACAGCUCAGGAAGUUAUGACUCCAUUAAGACAGAAGUGACUGAAGUAAGUGGCUGCGCAGAGGAUCUGUCAGUGGGUAGAACUCCGGCAGUUGACGAUGACGACGACGAUGACCAUGAAGAUAAUGAUCGUAUUACAGACACGGAAGGGCUGGACCCUGAACGUCUGAAAGCUUUUAAUAUGUUUGUACGCCUCUUUGUGGAUGAAAACCUUGACCGCAUGGUUCCCAUAUCCAAGCAGCCAAAGGAGAAGAUACAGGCCAUCAUUGAGUCUUGCAGCCGCCAGUUCCCGGAGUUCCAGGAGCGUGCAAGAAAGCGCAUCCGCACUUACCUGAAAUCCUGCCGUCGCAUGAAGAAGAACGGCAUGGAGAUGGUGAGAACCGAACCGGAUACUUGCAGGGUCUAUGCCAGGCCAACUCCCCCUCAUCUGACCUCAGCCAUGGCAGAAAACAUUCUGGCUGCUGCCUGUGAGAGUGAAUCCCGGAAAGCUGCCAAGAGGAUGAGACUAGAGAUUUAUCAGACUGCUCAGGAAGAGAACAUCUCAGUAGAGAAGCCCGCAGGGCUUACACAGUCAGCAUAUGUGCUGCCAACAAGCACUUACAGCCAGGAUUCGGUCUCUAUGAAUGGCAGCCUCCAUUAUACUUAUCGUGGACAUGGAUCCAUUGGAGGCAGCCUCCCGCCACCAACUUCACUACAAACUGGAAACCAUUGUAACGGUCCAACUGACCUCAGCAUUAAAGGUUUGGCUUCUGGUAGUACCCAAACUAACGCCACCAACAGGGCAGUGCCAUGUGCCCAGCUCAGCCCUACUGAGAUUGGGGCAGUGCGGCAGCUGAUCGCCGGGUACCGGGAGUCUGCUGCCUUCCUUUUGCGCUCUGCUGAUGAACUGGAAAACUUGAUAUUGCAGCAGAACUGACUGGUGUUCCAGGCUGACCUUCAACCUCAACUACUUGUUCUAAGGACUGAGAUAAGACAAAAAUGUCUCUUUGCCCCUCAGAUAGUCGCAGACACUGAACCUGCUCUCAGAGCAGGAGCCAUACUCUGUUUUGCUGGGAAAUCGGGGACUCUGUGUCUGCACUAAGAGAUUUCCUUUUGCACCCUACUAUUAGAUUGAAGUCUGUCCAGCACAGGGGACAGCCAUCGCAUAUUUAUUGAGAACCGUAUUUCUUUUAGUAAUUUAUUUGUUUUGUUUUGGUUUUCUAUUUCAUUUAUACAAAUAGUUGUUUGGAUCUGUUUUCAAGUGGAGACAUCAGUUUUGUGAGAUGAACCAAUAUUCAGCCUGUCUAUUCACCAGAAACGUGUCACAGAGGCAUGAUUGAUGUAAUUAGUUCCUGGUGAAUGGACAGACUACAUUCUCAUUAAUAUUGGGUCAAUCAACAAAAUAGCUGCCUCUACUGUGUGCAGGUGACGGGUCUGCUUUAAUGAACUAUAGCAUUAAAAAGUAAUUCCAUCUCUCCAGCAGUGGUGCCAUCUGCAACCUUGGCUGGAACCAUUCCACUAUGGCACUGUUUCUCUUGAUCCACUGCACCAUUCCACCCUAUUCCUUGUCUCAAAGAAAAGCAACACUUCACCACAGCUAGGUUCAUUUUCCCAUUGAUUCCUCAGGUCUAGGACCUUUUCGUCAUCUUCCAGACUCAGGCCAUACCAUUCUGCACGUAGGUGGUUUCACACUGUUUUGUGCUAAGCAUUGACAAAGAUCAUUUAUUUCCGAUGUUUACCUACAUCUUUCAUCCAUGGGAAGCUGAAUCAUUAAAUACACGGUUAGCUUACUGCUGCUAUAAUUCACUUUUUUUCAGGUAAACUCAGCUUCCCAGUGCAUAUAUUGACCAUCUGACCUCUCCUGCUUGCUAUCGUUUCUACAAGUUUUGCACAGAACAUAGCAACUAGUACCUUUUGCUUCACACAACUCAGGCAGACAACCGGCUCAACACUCAAUCUGCACUUCCAAUACUAUAGACUGACCUCACAUGUUCACACUCCUGUCUACGCUCAAAGUGCUGUCUCAGUGUAGGUCCACACCAUUUCAGCAUGUUUUUUCAACAUUCCAACAGAUGCCUUCUGAUCAUGAUUUUUUGUGUGUGUUUUUUCUAUAUAUUUGUUUUCUUUUAAUGUUAAACCAUUCCAACUCCCAUUGUCCUCUCCUCCCAGUUCAUGUCAGCUGAGCACUUUCCCAUGAAUGCAUUUUCCUUCGGUCCUUAUCAGGGAGGAUUCAGAGAACGUUGUCUUGUCCUAGCUAGGUAGUCCUUAGCUGUGCUCUGCACCACCUGAAGCAACUGUGGUUUUAUUUUACUGCUGCUGGUGGGUUUGCUUCUACAGGCGCAGAAAGCGGCUGACUUGUAUUUUAUGUGAAGGACAUGGUGGUAGCGAAAUUUUCACCAAGCACUUUGUGGCUAUUUGAAAUCCGAUUUUCUUCUGACCUCAUUUUCAAAAUGGCCACACUUUUCUCUGUCUUAUUAGGUGCAGCUAGGUUUGAUUUUUUUUUUUUUUUUUUCUUGACAUCAGAACAAGAAAUACCAACCUAUUUUAUUUGUAUAUUUUAUGUGGUGCUUUUAAUUCUAAUAUAUAGAUUUAUCUUUUUUUUUUUGCCUUCGCUAAACCAUUCCUUCCAACAGCUUUACCUACAGCCAAUGUGUAUAUUUGUAUGAGUUGAUUCUGAUUUUGGACUCUGUAAGGGUCCUGUUUACAUGUACAGAUGUCCCAAUUCCUGCAAGACCUGGUGUAGAUUAGAAACCACCAGGGGGCACUCCUCUGCUUACUAAAGCCACAAGUACAGGACAGUGAAUACUGGCUUCUUAGCAGACUGAUAUCUUACACGUAUUUCACUUUAUUCCCACUAACUCAGGUAAAACACAUGCACACUUUAUAGGCACUGCGAUCAGAUACAGGUUAACUUAAUACAAGUGUUUCAGAAGAGAUGAAAAAACGAAUCCAUGAUGGACCCUGCUAAUAAGAGAGCAAAUGACACUAUAAUGCUGAAACGGAACCAUAAAGCCAGAUCUAUUACCAUACUGUAAUAACUAGGCGAUCGUCCCUACACAAAUUAGAACACUAAAUCCACUUUUCUAGGCCAUGUGCCUAAGCCCUCAGACAGGUCAGAGCGGCAAAACACUAGCAUCCUACACCCCUUGCACUACCGAGUUGCGCCGUACCUCCACCCGUCCUUGCACUCCACAGCCUCCCUCUCCUUGCACUCAAGAGCAGCCCCUUCUAUAGAUACUUACAGCUGCACUUGGCUCUUCUAAGCAGAUGAGAAAUUUCAAUAAACAUAUAUAUAUAUAUAUAAUAUAUGAAAUAUUUAUUGUUACUUAUAGUGCUUUCUUUAUCCGUAAAUGUGGUUUUAAUUAUUAUAAUUUGUAGAAUGUUUUUGUCAUAAAAAGUGAUGUGUUUAGCAGGCAGACCCCAUCAUUUACAUAAACCACCAAGUUGUCUAUAACGCCGUAAACCCCAUGGUAUUAUUAAAUGCUAAGUGCACUGACUUGCCACAAAGUGGAUCCCUUCCUUUUUAAUAUGUAUGUCAUAUGUUAGGCUGACUAAUGAAUAAACCACUGCAUAAUAAAAUAUUCCACCUUUCAAAAA